UGUGAGGAGCAAGUGUCUGGGGCUGAAGCCUCAGCUCCGUCUUUCAGAGGGACCUGGGCCUCUGUUUUCCCACCUGCCAAAUGGGGCCGCCACCCUAUGGCCGCCUCAACUCUCUUCAUUGCCUACUCUUUCCAGUUGUCCCCGCUGUGAAGUGGAUCGCUGCUGAAGACCAAGGGCGGGAAGCGUCUAGCAGGAGAUCUCUGACCAGAACCAGAAAGGUGGUCUCCACCCGCGCCCCUUCCCCAGCCCUGGAGCGGCGCCUCGCCUCCCAAUCCCGGGUCCCUCCGCCGCAGACUCCUCCUCCACUGACAUCAGAGCCGCAGGCGGGCGGAGGGAGCCGGCGGAGCGAGCUGGCGGAGCGGAGCCGAGCCGAGCCGAGCCUCAGCCCCAGCAAGAGAACGGGCGGGCGGCCCAGGCGCUCAACGGUGCGGACCGCGGCCGGAGCUCAGCGCCAGCCACUGCGGGUCUCCUAGCCAGCCCCGCGGCGGGGCAGCUGCAGGAGCCCUGGCUGUGGCCGGGGGGCAGUGGGCCAUGCCGGGGGCAGUGGAAGGCCCCAGAUGGAAGCAGGCAGAGGACAUUACGGACAUUUACAACUUCAGAGAUGUUCUGGGCACGGGGGCCUUCUCGGAGGUGAUCCUGGCAGAAGAUAAGAGGACGCAGAAGCUGGUGGCCAUCAAAUGCAUUGCCAAGAAGGCCCUGGAGGGCAAGGAAGGAAGCAUGGAGAAUGAGAUUGCUGUCCUGCACAAGAUCAAGCACCCCAACAUUGUAGCCCUGGAUGACAUCUAUGAGAGUGGGGGCCACCUUUACCUCAUCAUGCAGCUGGUGUCGGGUGGGGAGCUGUUUGAUCGUAUUGUGGAAAAAGGCUUCUACACAGAGCGGGAUGCCAGCCGCCUCAUCUUCCAGGUGCUGGAUGCUGUGAAGUACCUGCAUGACCUGGGCAUUGUACACCGGGAUCUCAAGCCAGAGAAUCUGCUGUACUACAGCCUGGAUGAAGACUCCAAAAUCAUGAUCUCCGACUUUGGCCUCUCCAAGAUGGAGGACCCAGGCAGUGUGCUCUCCACCGCCUGUGGAACUCCGGGAUACGUGGCCCCUGAGGUCCUGGCCCAGAAGCCCUACAGCAAGGCUGUGGAUUGCUGGUCCAUAGGUGUCAUUGCCUACAUCCUGCUCUGCGGUUACCCCCCCUUCUAUGACGAGAAUGAUGCCAAACUCUUUGAACAGAUUUUGAAGGCCGAGUACGAGUUUGACUCUCCUUACUGGGACGACAUCUCUGACUCUGCCAAAGAUUUCAUCCGGCACUUGAUGGAGAAGGACCCAGAGAAAAGAUUCACCUGUGAGCAGGCCUUGCAGCACCCAUGGAUUGCAGGCGAUACAGCUCUAGAUAAGAAUAUCCACCAGUCGGUGAGUGAGCAGAUCAAGAAGAACUUUGCUAAGAGCAAGUGGAAGCAAGCCUUCAAUGCCACGGCUGUGGUGCGGCACAUGAGGAAGCUGCAGCUGGGCACCAGCCAGGAGGGGCAGGGGCAGACCGCAAGCCACGGGGAGCUGCUAACACCAGCAGCUGGGGGGCCAGCAGCUGGCUGCUGCUGUCGAGACUGCUGCGUGGAGCCGGGCCCAGAACUGUCUCCCACACUGCCCCGCCAGCUCUAGGGCCCUGGACCUUGGGUCAGGAUCCCCUAUGUGGGAGGGCUUGAGGGCAGCCUGCUCCCCUUCCCUCCCUAAACUGGGAGUUUCCCUGCCCUGUCCCCUCCUCACCCACUUCCCCAGCAUUCCUCACUGCAUUUUCCAUACAAAUGUUUCUAUUUUAUUGUUCCUUCUUGUAAUAAAGGGAAGAAGAUAAAACCAU